AUGCCUUCUCUUGACAACGCCGUCAAGAACGAUGCAAGGCUGCUUCUUGUCUCUAACCGGCUACCGAUCACCAUCAAACGCUCCGAGGAUGGCAGAUAUGACUUUUCAAUGUCCUCUGGUGGUCUCGUCAGUGGUUUGAGUGGUCUGUCAAAAUCUACUACCUUCCAAUGGUAUGGCUGGCCCGGCUUGGAGGUUCCCGAAGAGGAGGUGCCGGUUGUCAAGCAGCGGUUGAAGGAUGAGUACGGGGCCGUCCCCGUAUUCAUCGAUGAUGAUCUUGCAGAUCGCCACUACAACGGCUUCUCCAAUUCGAUCCUGUGGCCUCUUUUCCACUACCACCCCGGCGAAAUUACCUUCGAUGAAUCCGCCUGGGAAGCGUACAAAGAAGCAAACCGCCUUUUCGCCAGAGCCGUCGCGAAAGAAGUUCAGGAUGGCGACUUGAUCUGGGUCCACGAUUAUCAUCUGAUGCUUCUCCCCGAAAUGCUCCGGGAGGAAAUCGGGGACACCAAGGAGAAUGUCAAGAUUGGCUUCUUCCUGCACACGCCAUUCCCUAGCAGCGAGAUUUACAGAAUUCUCCCGGUGCGGAACGAGCUAUUACUAGGCGUCCUACACUGCGAUCUCAUCGGUUUCCAUACCUAUGAUUACACCAGACACUUCUUGAGCGCUUGCUCGCGCUUACUAGGUCUUGCAACCACUCCGAACGGGAUAGAGUUCCAAGGCAAAAUUAUUGCGUGUGGCGCAUUCCCGAUUGGCAUCGACCCGGAAAAGUUCCAAGAAGGGUUAAAAAAGGAAAAGGUGCAGAAGCGGAUUGCAAUGUUGGAACAGAAGUUCCAGGGCGUAAAGCUCAUGGUUGGCGUCGACCGUCUUGAUUAUAUAAAGGGUGUCCCUCAGAAGUUGCAUGCGCUUGAGGUGUUUCUGAGUGAUCAUCCGGAAUGGGUGGGUAAGGUUGUCUUGGUUCAGGUUGCAGUACCUAGCAGACAAGACGUGGAAGAAUACCAGAACUUGAGGGCCGUGGUGAACGAGCUUGUCGGUAGGAUUAAUGGCAAGUUUGGCACCGUCGAGUUUAUGCCCAUUCACUUCUUGCACAAAUCUGUCAAUUUCGACGAAUUGCUUGCUCUCUACGCCGUCUCCGAUGCCUGCAUCGUCUCAUCUACCCGAGACGGCAUGAACCUUGUCGCAUAUGAAUAUAUUGCUGCACAGCAGAACCGUCACGGCGUUUUGGUGUUGUCAGAAUUUGCCGGCGCAGCUCAAAGUUUGAAUGGCAGUAUAAUAAUUAAUCCCUGGAACACGGAGGAGCUUGCCGGCGCUUAUCAGGAAGCUGUUACCAUGAGCGAUGAGCAGCGAGCCUUGAAUUUUUCCAAACUGGAUAGAUAUGUCAACAAGUACACAAGUGCCUUCUGGGGUCAGUCAUUUGUGACUGAACUUACGAGGAUAUCCACCCACUCCGCCGAGAAAUUCCAUUCUAGAAAGGGUCUCUUAGGCAACGGCAACGGCGAGCAGGCUAAUGGCACUUCAACUCAGGAGAACGGGCACUUGGCAGUACCGUCGGCUUGA